GGAUGAGACUUCAGUGAGACCAUCGCGGGGAGACACGUCGCACACCUGACCGGGAGAUAGAUGGAGGGACUCGGAGCUGACGCAUCCUACCGCUUCACCUCCUCUCGUGGUCCACGGGGGGAGCGCGCUUGUAAGCUGAUUUGACCCGGCGAGGGGAUGCUGAAUACCUCUCCGGGAUUAGAGAGGGGUUUAUUGGGUGAACAACAAUGUCCCGCGGCUCGGUCCGGCACUCCCGGCUAUUGUUCGUGCGGCGGCGGACGCACGGUGCCUCCUCUCGGUCUCCUCCGGUUCGUCUCCAGUAAGCCGUAAAAGCUCCGUGUGUCUCCUCCUACUCGCUGCUUUCGCUCCGGUCAGCCACCCGGCGUUGGAGAGGAUAAUAUGACUUCCUGGCUGCGCACAUACGUCCCUGUGCGCCUCCUGCUCCUCUGCUGCCUGACCGUCGCUCUGUGCGCAGGAGCCUCCAGCGCCGGUGCCAGUGCGUGUUGGUCGCCCAGCGUCGCUUCUUGCACAGAUUGUCUCAGACGUGGACCACAGUGCGCCUGGUGUUUCAAGGAGGACUUUCUGAAUGGAGUGGGGCUGAGCCAACGCUGCGACCUGCCGGCGAACCUGCGCAGGAGAGGCUGUGGACCGGAGUUCAUGGAGCAGUCGGAGACCAAGGUGGAGGUCAACGCCACGAUCAGCAGCACACAAGUGGCCCCACGAGACAUCAGGAUCACCCUCAGACCAGGUUCAGAGGCCAGUUUCAUAGUCUCCGUGAAGCAGCUGGAGCGUUACCCCGUGGAUCUGUACUACUUGGUGGAUGUGUCGGCUUCGAUGCAGGAAAACCUGGAUCACCUGAAGACGGUGGGCGUAGCUCUGUCCCUGCGUAUGACGGAGCACUCUUCAGACCUUUGGCUUGGUUUUGGCUCGUUUGUGGACAAGCCUGUCUCCCCUUACAUCAAUGUCCAUCCCUCAAAGAUCAGCAACCCCUGCAGCGAUUAUGAGAUCCGCUGUCGUCCAGCCCACGGCUUUCACCACGUACUUAGUAUGACUGGGAACGUAACAGAGUUCACUCGUGUGAUCAAGCGCCAGCGCAUCUCCGGUAACAUGGACACACCUGAAGGAGGGCUCGAUGCUAUGCUGCAAGCUGCUGUCUGCCAGGGGGCGGUAGGUUGGAGGCCGGAGGCAAAACGUCUGUUGCUCCUGAUGACCGACCAACCAUCUCAUCUGGCUCUGGACAGCCGGCUGGCGGGGAUCGUCACGCCUCACGACGGCCUGUGUCACCUGGAGAACAACGUCUACACGGGGAGCACCAGGAUGGACCAUCCGAGUUUGGGUCAGUUGUCCGAUAAGCUGCUUGAAAACCACAUGUACUCCAUCUUUGCUGUGGAGAAGCAGCAGUACCAGUGGUAUGAGGAGUUGGUGCGCCUGCUUCCUGGUUCCUACCUGGGAAAGUUAGGCCUCUUCCAGGCUCCGAACCUGAUAGAGCUGGUGGUGGCUGCAUACAAGAGGCUGCUGUCAGAGGUGGCGGUGGCCGUGUCGGUGCAGGAUGAGGCAGUCAGCAGGUACUGGGUGUCUGUAUCUCCAAUCUGUCCUGACGGAGCCACUGCUAAGGACCGGAGCUGCUCGGGGGUGCAGCCAGGCCAGACGGCCUACUUCAACAUCACCAUUGGUCAGCACUCCUGUCCCGACGACGGUGAGGAUGAAGACAUAACAGUGAUGGUCCACCCUGUGGGUUACAACGAGUCCACUGUCGUCAGGGUCCACUCUAAAUGUCAGUGCAGUUGUGGACCAGUUGGACGUUGCCAUGACGACAACCAAUCACCUUGCACACGAACCCAAGAAGGUUCCCGUCAGGAGCUGAGGCAGGAGCAAGGACUGAUGAAGGACUCAAGCACAGACCCGAACUGGAGCUGCAGAGCAGAUGGGUCUGACGUGGAGUGCAGCGGCCGAGGAGUGUGCGACUGCGGGAGGUGUGUGUGCGAGCAGAGCAGGCUCGGGACGGUGUACGGGAAAUACUGCGAGAUGGACGAUUUCUCCUGUCCGUACGAAGGGGGGCUGCUGUGUGGAAGUCGAGGUGUGUGCGCGUCAGGCGAAUGUGUGUGUGAGGACGGCUGGACAGGUGAGAGCUGUGGCUGUCCCGUCUCCACGGCGACCUGCCAGUCGCCGAACGGCUUGCUUUGCAGCGGGCGAGGCAGGUGUGUGUGCGGCAAAUGUGUGUGUGACGACCCCCAACACUCCGGAGACUUCUGUGAGAGAUGUCCAGCCUGUCAAAGCAGCUGCCAGUCGCACUGGAAGUGUGUUGACUGCCACCUCUCCCAUGGCCUCACACAAAACGAGGUGGGACACUGCAACAACACCUGCGCUCCGCUGGUCGGCUACACGGAUGAUGCAUCAGGUCAAGCAGGAGAGAUGUGGAUUCAGUGCAUGUACAUCAGCAAGGACAGCUGUCGCUAUCGCUUUCAAACCAGCUCUCAGUCCGGUCGGACGCAGCUCCACAUCAGCACAAGACCAGAGUGUGUCAGCAGCGGGCGCCUGGUGGGAACGUUCCUGAGCGUGUGCGCCCUGACGGUGCUGUGCGGCCUGGUGGUGGUGGCCGUGUCCCGGCUGCUGCUGCAGAAGAGGAGCCUGUCACCAGGGGGCGCUGCCGAAGACGGCGGCUACCACUGCACUGGAAAGGAUCUGUCAUACAUUCCAACAACCAACGAGAAGACAGUGACCUACAGGAGGGACCGUCCACCCGACCGCCCCGUGGAGAUGCACAUCCAGGUUCCCAAGAUGCCCCUGGGUGACCCCUGGCAGUGCUAGGCAGAGGUCAAAAGAUCAGAAGGAAGGGCGGCAGAGACAUACAGAAGGCGAGCUGGACUAAAGACUUCUUUUCUUGCCUCUUAACCUUUCCUAAAACCAGCUGCACCACAGCGACCACGACGACGGUAAAUCAAGCAAUGAAACCUCCACGGAAUUAUAUUUGUCAAACAAACAGACCAAACUCUCGCAGGCUGUGCGACUAACGUGGGCCGCUAUCCUGGAAAUCGAACAAAGAGCACAAGCCCUCCACCUCUUCUUCCUCUGUAGCAGCAGGGAGGCUACUUCUUCUACAGGGUAAAAGGUGACCAUUCCUCACUUUUUAGCCACGCAGCGAUGACGGCUCUAACUUAUGAGUGUGUGUGUGUGUGUGUGUGCGUGAGUGCGUGCAAGUAGGUGCAUGUGUGCUUUCUAUUUAUAAUUUUAUAGUGAAAACACUACAUGUGAUUGUUGCGAGAAUCCAACUGUACUGUCUCCCUGUCUUAGUCUGCCCCCGUGUGGUCAGCAUAAUGUACGACACUUUGUCUCAAAUAAUACACGUUACUGACCUCAGCUGUAUUGCCAUCGCUACACCAAUGACUUUGUAUGCCUUUUUUUUAAAAUUUGUUUUUAAUUUGAUUACAGUUUCAGUCAUGUGCGGCAUACCUUGUCUUUCAGCAUUUUCAAAUGUUUCUCUGUUGUAUUUUGUUUUUUUUGUUAACCAAUCAGCUGCAUUGCAAAUUAUUUUGUGGCAUUUUUCUAUCAUGAGAUUAUAGUUUCAUAUGACAGGCUGUUGUUAAUAAUCUGGUUAGACUUGCACUAGAGCAAUUGUUUUGCAUUAUACUACUGAAUACUGUGGGGUCUCUGGGGCAGGAGGGUUGCAACGGCGGGUGUGAAGCGAUCCGUUCGCUUAGUGUUGGGCAUUAAAAUGCAUUUAAGUGCAUUGGAAGCUAAAUCCACUGGAACACUGGAAUAACAAAGGAGUGAGAAUCAUAUUUAAAAUACCGACGUACUAACAAUUAAUGGCAAAUGCAUCAUGAAACGCCUGAACAUGUGACCUCUACAUCAGAACUGUGUGUCUGCGUUCACCUGCUGAUCUGAGAAACGGUACAAAGCAGCUCUGAAGGUACUGAGAUCAGAGGUGGAAGUUAGCUCCUCACAUUCCUCGCACACUAGAUCUUCUGAAUCCAGAGUUGCCAGUUGCAUGGCAUGUUGUAAGACUUUUGCUUGCCCAAUCCUGUUCCUCUUUUUGAUUUGUUUUUAUUUAACACAAUGUUGUUUACAGCAAUAGCUGCUCUAUUUUACUGUAAGUUUUGAACACUAAUGGCUAUUUAUUGUGAUUCUGUUCUAUUUUCUUUUUUUAUUCGAUAUGUUCAUUGUUGAUAUUUUUAUGAGAAGGCUAUUUGAGAUACAGGUAGCGAGUACUGUUGGCGGUCUCUAUCUCUAAACUAUGAGAAUAAUUCAGCAAUAAGGUAAUAAUCAUCUCAUCUAACCGGGCAUUGAGUUCGGAGUAACAACAGCACUUUUUUUUAUUUUAAUGUAGUUUUGCUGUCAAUUAAUGUGACUAUUGUGUAGCAUGACUGUUUCCAUCACAAUAAAAAUGUGCAAGAUUUUUUUAAUCA